CAGGAAGUCGUUCCGCUGACGCUCUUGGGAUCGUUCAUCAGUCUCACCGUUAGAUAAUCUAGUGCUAAUGGGUGACAUUCGUCAGUCACUGCUGCCUCGGGAUGUGCUGAGUGCAGCCAAGGAGCUGCUGUACCAUCUGGACAUCUACAUCUGUAACAUGGUGCAGUCUGGGAGACAGCCGCCUCAGGUUGACUCCAAGACCCUGGAGCUGAUAGAGGAGUUUAUUCUGCAUGCACCCAAGGACAGAAACACACCUGGCAGGAGGAUGAGUGCUCUCCAGGAGCUGCAGCUGUUGGAGAUCAUGUGCAGCUGUUUCCAGGAGCAGAGUCGUGACACUGUCCGUCAGCUGAUGUUCUCCGCCCUCUUCAGUCUCCAAGGCAACCAAGCAGAUGAAAGCCGCAUGGCUCUGUUAGGCAAGUUGGUCUCUAUGGCAGUCGCUGUGGGCCGGAUUCCUAUCUUGGAAUGCACUGCCACCUGGCUACAGAGAACGCACCGAGUCUUCUGUGUGCGUCUGGCACAGGUGCUGGUGGAUGACUACUGCAGUAUGGUGCCAGGCUCAGUCCCCACCCUUCAGAAUAUCCACAGCACCAGUCCACGCUUCUGCUGCCAAUUCAUCACUGCUGUCACCACUCUCUAUGACCUCACAUCAGAGGAGCUCACCCCUCCAAUAGAACUCCUCCAGAUGAUUGCGUCGUGGAUCCAAGAUGACCCUCGUCUGGUCCUCAUCACCUUCCUAAACUCCCCCCUCUCUGGCAGUCAGCCAAUCAGCUCACUCGAUGUCACACCUUUAGGAGGGUUGGUGCGUUGGUGUGUUAAAGCACCACUGGCUUUCAGGAGAGACAAGAAGGUGGCGCUGAGCAGCGGCAGCACUGAAAAUCACCAAGACGCUGGUCUUCUUUUCUCUGCACUUCAUUUAAGUGUUUUACAGGUCUUCAUGUUGUUGCCAAAUAUACUCAAUGAGAAGGGGCUUUUCGGCCGCCUGGCAUUGCUCCAGCUGGAGUCCUUGGCUGCGCUGACCUCUGACCUUUCCAGAUUGUUGGACCAGGCUGACAAACAUACGCAUACCUCAUCUGAAGACAUGCACACAUUGUCUCAGCUGACCCUGGACCGGCUGGCACAGGCCCUCCAGGUCGCCAUGGCCAAUAGAGCGCUACUCUGCUCAAGAGAGGAUCUGAGAGCCAUUUGUUCCCGCCUCCCCCAUAACAAUUUGCUCCAGUUGGUGCUGUCAGGUCCAGUGAUGUACUACAACAACAUCCACACUCCUCCGCUGGCCUUCAGCCCACAUGCAGCUCAUUCCCCCAUCGCCGCACACCCCGCGCACCCUGCACACACCCCGCUCGCCACACACGCUGCCCCACACCCUCAGUAUCCUGGUCAGCCUUUCAUGACAGGGAUGCCCUUUCCCUUCCGACCAAGCCACUAAAUGAAACAGGGCCUGGCUUUGUUUGCAGACGUGAAGGUGUGUGUGUGUGUGUGUUGGUGUCAGUAUUUUUGAAUUUUUGUAUGAAUGAUUAUUAUGUAUUAUAAUGUUAAACAUAUUUGCAUUCGAGAAGGAUUGUUAGUCUUAAAAUGUGUGUUUAAUAAAUAUUUUUGUACUUCA